AGCUCUGCAACAAGAUGUCGUUUGCUGACCUACUGGCCAUCGUUGGAGGAAUGACUGUGGCUUUCUACCUUCUGAAACUCACUUGGAGAUGUUGGUGUGGAUUUAGAGAGUUUGUUUUAUCAUCAAAAUGGCAAGUGGACUUGAGGACAUACGGACAAUGGGCAGUUGUCACCGGUGCCACAUCUGGUAUUGGUAAAGCUUAUGCCACUGAGCUGGCACAAAGAGGCCUGGAUAUUGUUUUAAUAAGCAGAUGUGAUAACAAACUUCAAGCUGUUGCCAGAGAAAUCGAGGGUGUGUAUGGAAGAAAGACUCAGACCAUCCCCGUGGACUUCACACAUGGCUACAGUAUCUACCCUGCCAUAGCCAAGAAACUACAAGGCCUGCAGAUUGGAAUUCUGGUUAACAAUGUGGGAAUGACCACUACUGACUGUUUUGCCUAUUUCCUGGAAACACCAGAUGCUGAACAGAAAAUCACCCAGGUGAUCAACUGUAACAUACUAUCAGUCCCUCAGAUGACCAGACUGGUUCUCCCAGACAUGGUUAAAAGGAAAGGGGCUGAUCAUCAACAUCUCGUCUAUGACAGGUGUCCAUCCACAGCCUUUGCUGACGCUUUACUCUGCCACCAAGACUUUUGUAACAUACUUCUCUCAGUGUCUCCAUGCAGAGUACAAGUCAAAGGGAAUUACUGUCCAGACAUUAGCCAAACUCCCUUAAUCGCUCCUCAGUGUGUGGCUCCCUUCCUGGUGUCCACCAACAUGACAAAAACUGUGAAAGUGAACAGCUUCAUGAAGAGCGCUACAGCGUUUGCUCGUGAGGCUUUGAACACCGUGGGUCACUCCAGCUGCACCACUGGCUGUCUAUCACACGCAGUCCAGAACGCGUUUCUCACAAUACUCUUGCCGGACCGUCUUCGGAUGUCGACGUUCCUCAUUAGGAAACUACGAAGCUCAUGCAAGAAAAACGAUUGGACCGGUGAAAAGGGGGAGUAGUCAUGUGACUCCAGCUGCACUGAUAUUGAAGUUGUUUUGUUUUCCGCAGGAGAAAAUUAUCACUCAAACGUCACGCAAUUACUUCAACUCUGUGAUUAAUAAAACUCAUUCACCCGUUUUAACACUUAGACACCAAACUGGUUUUACCGUUUUAACUUAGGCAUGUAGACACGGUCAAGACGACCGAGCACCAGAAUGGAGUGAUCUACAUGACUUUGUAUGGGGCUUGGUUUGCUUUCAAUCAAAGGGUUAUUUCACUGCUACCACUGAUAGAGUGCGAUUGGCUUUGCUCUUUCAUACAAAUAUAAUGAGAUUCAGAUGAAAAGUGCGUCAACACAACAACUUCUAUCUUUAGCUGUGAAGUAUGUGGAGAAACUACAGCACUGUAUAAAAACAAUGAAAAGGUUAACGUGGGUGGAGUAAAUGUUUUCUGCAGUAAGAGUAGUGAGAAUGAAAGUUGCACUGAAGGCGUUGAGAAAAAAAAAUCAUAAUACAACUGGCAGAUAUGUAGAUUUGAUCUGUUUUUAUUACAUUCUGGGGUUUGAACACAUAAGUGGUUACAACAAAAAUAUUAAUUUACGUAACAGCUCCAAAGAUGACAACAGACAGUGCCCAUGGCAGUAAUUUCAGUGAUAUUAGUGUACAAGAGUCCAAAAGUGUUCUCAUCAAGCACAAACAAGAACACGCUGAUGCUUUUUCAGCAGUGACGACAAACUCAGUGUGUUGUGACAUUUCAUGGUUACUUAAAUAUUUUGUAAAAAUGUGAUGAAAACUUGUUGUUUGUCUUGAGUGGUCUGAAAUAUCUUCCUCAACAUGAAAGACUGAAAUAUGAUUAUAUGAAAUAUAUUUGUUCAGCGUUA